UUUUUGUGCUGCACAUGAGGCCGUGGUGGUAUGUUUAUGUUAGGUUUAAAGUCUGCAACUAAAACAAAAGCCAACAUGUUCUUAAAAAUAUGAUAUAUUUUGUUAUCCAAUAUAAUAAUUCAGAAUGAAAACUCGAUCAAGUGGAGGAGGAAUUGAUAAAGACGAUGAUAGAAUUAUCCUGCUGUCUGUGUUUAGUUUGUAAUCAAAACUGAAUUUCAAAAGACAAACGUUUGUAGUAUUUUGUUUUGCGUCAAAUGCAUACAUCAAACAUUAAAAGGGAUACAGAAACAGAUGAAAGCUCUUAUACAAAUUCUACUAGAAGACGGAAGAUUCCUAAUAAAGUAAAUGAUCAUUUGCCCCAGUUUGGGAGGAAUGGUCUAAGGAGACUUGGAAAUCACUUAUCGCAGGGUAUAAAACAGGAGCAUGAAAAUAGUAGAGACACAGACCAGAAAUCUUCUUUAGCCACAAUCUCUUCACAUUCCAAUUCAAAUGAAAUGUUCGUGAAUGGGGGAGAACACAUUGAUGAAAAGCAAAAUGUUCGUCGCAGCACUCGACAGAGGAAAUUCACCUAUGAUAAUCUCAACCAAACAUGGCUUUUAGCCUCAAGUAUACCCGAAUUUUCAAAAUUCGAGUCCCUAUUCACUUCGGAGCAAAGAAGUCCACAGGAUGAGUCCACAUGUGAUACUGUACGGCCUAGAAGGUCAGAGCGAAAUCACAGUUCUGAACUGAGACGGCUAGGCUUGGGAAAUGAUGGCUUGGAGUUUGAAGAUAUGUACAGUCGAGUGAAACGAAAAAGAAGGAAGACUGUACACACUUUUUACACAAGACGAAUUUCCCGAGAUGGUGGGAGCAUGGCAGACACUGAAGAUACUGAUCAAGACCAGAAUGGGAUUUCGGAUUCAGAUACUAUAGAAGAUCAAAGUGACCUUGAAAGAACUCAAGCUGAGUUUCCUCCAGGUAUAUCAGUGGGUGAAUCGCAAGAAAACAGCGUGGGUCAUGGUUCAAAAUAUUCGCUAAGACCUAAAAAGCCAAUAACUGAAAGAUUUCAGUUCCCUAUAAAAACAACUCGGCCUCGACGGUCUGCUACCACCACUAUUUUUGAAGCUACUCAGCAUCAUGCCAGACCAAGGGAAAGAGAGAGUUUUAAAAGUACAGCACACAGAUCUCAUUUGUACAGAAGAAAAAGACAUGCCAUUCACAGCUCAUCUAGUAGCUCUAGUGAUGAUGAAAGGAGAUUUGAAAAACGAAAAGCAAUGAGUAUGGCUAGAGCCAGAAAUAGGUGCCUUCCUCUUAAUUUUAUUGAAGAUGAUCUUUCCAAAGGUGCAUUACGUGAUAGAAUGAAAAUAGGUUGUAGCUUAGCUGAUAUUGAUCCUAUGAGCAUUGAUAAAACGGUGUCUUUUGAUCAUGUUGGGGGUUUGGAUAAACAUAUUCGUUCUUUAAAAGAGAUGAUUCUUUUCCCUUUGAUGUAUCCUGAAGUUUUUCAGCGAUUUAAAAUUUCACCUCCCCGCGGGGUUUUAUUCUAUGGACAACCAGGCACGGGUAAAACAUUGGUUGCCAGAGCUCUUGCAAAUGAAUGUAGUACAGGUGAUAAACGGGUGGCUUUCUUUAUGCGGAAAGGUGCUGACUGCCUUAGCAAAUGGGUAGGCGAAUCUGAGAGACAGUUGAGACUUUUAUUUGAUCAAGCAUAUUCCAUGAGGCCAUCUAUAAUUUUCUUUGAUGAAAUUGAUGGUCUUGCGCCCGUUCGGUCAACUCGGCAGGAUCAAAUACAUAGCUCUAUUGUUUCAACACUACUGGCACUAAUGGAUGGCUUGGACAAUCGAGGUGAAAUAGUUAUCAUUGGUGCUACAAAUAGACUAGAUGCCAUUGAUCCAGCUCUGCGCAGACCAGGUCGUUUUGACCGUGAAUUGCUCUUUCCUUUACCAUCAUAUCAGGCUCGGGAACAGAUACUUCGUAUAAUAACAAAAGAUUGGAUUCCACCUUUGUCUGAGACAUUGUUAUCAGAAUUAGCAGCAUGUACCACUGGAUAUUGUGGAGCAGAUUUGAAAGCAUUGUGUUCUGAAGCAGCUCUUGUUGCACUUCGCCGUCGAUAUCCUCAAAUAUAUUCUUCAAAAGAAAAGCUGUUGUUAGAUGUAGAAACUAUUCAAGUCCAAUCUGUUGAUUUUGUAAAUGCAUUGAAGAAAAUGAAACCAUCUGUUCAGAGAUGCUCAGUUGUGUCUUCUAAACCCUUGUCAACUGUAGUUAAACCAUUGUUAGAGCCUGUUUUGCGAACUAUUUCUCAGAAAGCUUCCAAGAUAUUCCCUUUCCUUACUCUGACCACAAGUCAAGUUGUAAAUUCUAGUGAAAAGAAUGUAUCUGUUGAUAUUGAUUCAGAUGACAGUGAGAGUUGCCUUUAUUUUGAUGAUGUUCCAAAACUGAAUAAUACAUGUCUUCUUUCACCCAAAACUCGGCUAAGGCUUUCAGAUAUUAAAUCACAUUUAACUAGUUUUGUUCCAAUUGUUCAUCGACCUUAUUUUUUGAUAUCUGGAAAAGAAGGCCAGGGACAAGGGAGCCUAGCUCCUGCUCUGUUGCACCUUUUUGAAAAUGUUACUAUCCACAGGCUAGAUAUACCUGCUUUAUAUGCUGUGACAACACGAGCUCCAGAGGAGGCAUGUGCUCAGAUUUUCCAUGAAGCUCAGAGAAAUGUGCCCAGUGUUAUCUUUCUUCCUCACAUUGGCUAUUGGUGGGAAACUUUGUCUGAAACUGUUCGGGCUACCUUUUUAUCUCUUUUACAGGAUUUAGAUCCAUCCCUUCCUGUAAUGUUGUUUGCUACCAGUGAUGUUAUCUAUUACCAACUUCCAAUAAAGAUUCAAGAGAUUUUUGGUGGCUGUGCCGAUCAGGUAUUUAGCAUGCGUAAUCCAACAGCUGAUGAACGCAAAGCUUUCUUCUCACAGCUAAUUAAAGAAAUUUAUAAAUUGCCUCACAAACCUGUUCAAAAAGCAACACUAGAAGAGCUUCCUAAAGCACCACCACCUGCUUGCCGACAACUGACCCCGGCAGAACUGAACAAGUUGAGACAAAGGGAGGAAGCUACACUAAGAGAGCUACGUUUAUUUCUUAGAGAUAUUUUGACUAAGUUGGCAAAAGAUCGCCGAUUUACAGUUUUUUCCAGACCUGUUGAUCCUGCUGAGGUUCCAGAUUAUCAUCAUGUAAUUAAAAAUCCAAUGGACUUGGAAACCAUGAUGACGAAAAUUGACCUACAAAGAUAUGAAACUGUUGGCCAGUUUUUAAGUGAUAUAGAUCUUGUUUGUCAAAAUGCACUGGAUUAUAAUCCUGAUAGGGACCCAUCAGAUAAGAUAAUAAGACACCGAGCGUGUUCUUUAAAGGAUGUUGCUCAUGCUCUUGUUUUAACUGAAUUGGAUGCAGAAUUUGAGAAAAUGUGCCAAGACAUUCAAAACGCUCGAAGAGAAAGAGGUGAAAUACCUGCUCCAUAUCCUCCAAAGAAGAAUAAUGCGGUGCAUAAAGAUCUCCCAAACGGCAAUUCAUCUGCAGCUGUUCCUGGUGAGAUUCGAAGAACGAGAUCUGCAGUUGACACAACAGAAAAACCGAGCGAUCGGAAAGAAAACAGUGAGUCUUUGUCUUCACCUACAAGAUUCAGUAAACGUAUCAGAGAAAUGACUACAUCAACUAUAUCAAAUGAAAGCCCUAAUUCAAAAAAACAAAAUUACCAAUAUCCUACUCGGUCUGUACGCUACAUGAUAUGGAGGAAAAAGAAGAAAUACCCAGUUUACGGUGGUUGCAAGCAGCGGUUGAUCCGCCGCAAGAUAAACAAUGCAGGCGUUAACAACCGUUCUAAAAAUAUGAAGUUUCAACCAAAUGCCAAAUUCAUUAAAACCUCCGAUCCACUUCAGCCUACUCAAGAAGAAACCCAGCCUUCAGAAGAAGCUGCCAUGAUUAACAACAUAGAAUAUAUUGUCGCUAAAAGUGCUGAGGAGAAAAAAGAUAUGUCUGGAACCGAUUCCUCCGCGACUGUUGUAUCACCUAAAGCUGUCUCUUCUCUUCAUGACACCAAUGGUGCUACAGAAAAAAGUGACUGCCUCUCCACCGAAGGUGUUCUUGACUCUUGUUUUGGUGCUAGUGAGACUACAGCCAGUGAUAUCAUUUCACAUCCUACCUCGCCAUCUAAACGUCAUAAUUCCUGUGAUACAUCGAAAGAGUCCAAUUGCUCAAAAAGUAUACUUCUACAUAGUCCACCUGUGAGUGCUUUGCAUCGUUCUCCUUCGAAGCAGAAAUCUACUGCCAGUCCUAAAUCUCCUGCUCUAAUGGAAAUUGGGUCCCCACCUGCAAGAAGACAAAGCUCUCCAGAAGUAUCCGAGUCUCUAAGUUUGAAAAUAACAAUCGACACUGCCGCAUUAGACAAUUUUCUAAUUAGAGUUGUGCGAGUAACUGAGGACUAUACUGUAGAAAAACUUUUGCAACUUUAUUCAAUAUUGCAACAGUGUGUUUAUAAUCAUAGAAAAGAACUUGAUAAGAAAAAUUUAUUGAAAGAACUUGACAGACAUUUGGAUUGCUUUUUGCGUUAUAAACCAUCCUAGUCUAAGAUGAAGCCUUAUUCCAUUCAAUUUUUAAUGAACUUGUACAGGACACUGCCAGUUACACUGCCCGGAUUUUAUUCCACUAUUUUAAUGUGAUUUUUUAUUGUAAAAUACAAAGCUUAUUUAAAAUUUUGGCAUUUUUUUUAAUGUUUCAUCUUGAAAGAAGAAAUUUUGAUUACAUCAUGUAAUUUUUCCAAGGGAAUGUAAACUAAAAUUUUAAUUUUUUUUUUUUUUUUUUUUUUUUUUGAGAGCAUUUUUUUUAAUUGGAGCCCAGAAGGGUCUUAAGAAAUUAAUGUUGGAAAUCAAGAUUCUUUCCAUGAUGUCAUCACAUUUUCUUUUUUUCGAAGCACAAGUAGUUUGCAUCUGUAUUAGUGAUUUACUUGUAUUUAAUGUAAAACUAGUUUUUAAAUGUUUAUAUUUUACAAUGUAAAAGUCUUGUUUAUUUAAUUUUUUUGUUUGACCUAAUAUUUAAAGGAUUAAUAAUAGAUUAGCACCAGAGAGAAUUAAUUCUUUUGAAAUAUUUUUUUGUAAUUAUUACUGAUUUGUUUCAUUAUUUUAUUUAUUUUUAUUUUUUGUCAUUCAUUCAUUCAUAUGUGUUGCAUAAUAAAUUAUUUACCUGCAAGUUUAUAUUUAAACAUAGAUUUUCUCUUUAAUAGUCUAUAUUCUUCUCAAUUCCUCUUUUAUAUUUAUUUAUUGACCUCUCAUAUAAUUUCUAUUAAUUAAAAUUUCUUCUAGAUUAGUGAUUUCUAGGACAAAAAUCUUUUUGGGGGCUAUUAAAUUAUUCACUAGUUACUAAUACAUUUUUUAAAGAAUGGUGUAAAUAUUCACAUAGUACAAAUAAUUAAUUUGCAAAAGGAUUUUUUUUUUUUUCCUUGUCUGUCCAAUAUUUAGUUUGAGAAUAAUUCAUAUUAAGUUAUAUAUAAAUUGUAUUUUAAACAAAUAUCCAUUCACUAUUUUAUAUUUUAAAGCUAUAAUUGACCCAAAAUUAUAAUUUUGCUUCAAAGUUCACUUUCACACUUAGUCAAAGUUUUUACCAAUUUGUUAAUUCAAUGAAAUUUAUUGCAAUGAAAAAUUGUUCAUUAAUUGGAAAUUCAACAUCGACUGUCAGUUUCUAUCAAAUGUACAUCUACUGGUCCUAAAAGAUAUUUCAAUUCAUAAUUUUUUUAAAAAUUAUGGUCAUUGUAUUUUCACAUUUAUGUAGUAAAUUUCUGUGGAUAUAAAUCUGUUGGCUUUUCAGUGGAAGGAGACUUGUUGCACUUAUUAUUUCAUUUUUUCAUGUAAUACUAAUUUCAUCUUGAAUCAGUUCAUUCAAGUGAUUGUGGAAAUUACCUCUAAAAGAUAUGUAUGAACUAUUUAUAGGAUUAUUUUACAAGAUAUUUACCGUUUUAUUUAUCUUAAAAUUGGUUUACUAUUUUAUUGCUCAUCUUAUUUGAUAUACGAAAUUAGGAGAAAGUCAGGACCAAUGUAAAUUUAAUUGCCAAUAAUAAAAGGAAAAAUUAAUUUUACUAAAGUCUGUGUUGAGGAAAAUUGAUAAUAGAAGUAAGAACUAAAAUAUUUAUUGCUUGAAAAUGAUCUCCCCCCCCCUUUGUGUCUUUAAAGCAUUAAAAUACUUUAAAAGCUCAAAACACAAAUCUUAAACCAAGGUUUGAAUGUAUUUUAAAUUAUAUUAUCAAAAAGACUAUGAUCUGAGGCCAAUAUACUUCAAUAAUUUGUUCCAUGUGUAUAACUUAUUGUUAAAUGAAGAUUUAUGAUAAAAUAAUCGUGAAGUUUUUGUCCUGGCUUUUUCCUAUCAUAUUUGUUGAUAAAAUGUCUUAUAAAAUACCAUCACUGCCUCUUCAAAGCUGCCACAGCACCAAAGAUGCAUCACAUUCAGUGAUUCAGGACUAUUUUUAAGUGAGAAUUCCCCCCCCCCCCCCUCAUUAUUUUAUUCACUUUAAUAAGAUGCAAGACAUCUUGUGUGCAUAGAUCACUUUUCUUUUUUUCCCUUUUGUCAUAUUUGAAGAUUAUUUUAAGUAACGUGUUCAUAUAUUUUUGUGAUAGUUAUUCAUGUACCUGUAUAUCGACAAAUUUCUUUCAUUAUUUUUUCCCACUUAUGAUGAAUACCUUAUUUUCUAUUUCUUUGGAAAACUGUUAUUGUAGUGGAAAAUGUAAUCUUUUUGAGUAAUAUUUUGUUGAUUGAUGUAUUAAUAUUUCAUUCAUUUUUGUAAAAGUGUAUUUAUUUUAACUUAUUGAUAUUUGUUUAUUAAUUAUUAUACAUUUAUAUGUCAAUGUGUCUGUCUUAAUCUAAUUUUUGUCUUAGCAAGUGGAAGAAAAGGGCACGUUUCCUUAAAUUUAACACAUUGGCCACUGUGUCGCUUAUUUGUGAAUCAUUUGUGCUAUUGAAUUAGAUGACCUCCUCUCUACUACAGUUAAGCUGUAGCAAAGAAUGGGUCAUUUAAUUGAAUUUGUGAUCAGAAUCGUGGGCGUAAAUCAUGGUAGCGAAUGUGUUAAAUAUAGCCUUGAUAGUUGUGUAUAAUAAUCGAAUCAUAUAACUACCAGUGAUGAAUUUCAACUAUUGAAUCGUUAUAUAAGCUUUAAAAACAAAAGAGAAAAAAAAGAGCUUAAUAAAAUAAUCGAUGUCUUUGGGGGGAAACUUUAGUUUUUAACCCUUUAACCAGUUGGAAUAUAGUAAGUCAUCCCAACAAGUUUCAGCAAUAAUAUCUGGAAUGUAGAAAAUUGUUCUCUGUACAUUCAAGCAUUGUCUUUUAGGUAAAUUUCAGGUGUUGGAUAGUCGCUGGUCGAUGGGUUAAAGAAAAAUUCUAAAAUUUUAUGAGAGCAAAGUAAUGGGAAAAAUACUCUUGUGUUUAAUUCAUUGUAUAUCAAAAGUGAUUGCGAUCCAACAUUACAAACUUUUUACAUUCUAAACUCCAUAUGUAUUAAAUGAAAAUUAUUAUCGAGCGAAAGCACCAUUGAUUAAUUACUUAGGUGUAUUAUGGUCAAAGGCUUAAUAUUUUAUAACUUUAAGAACAGGUAGUGAAAUGCUAUUUAUUCUCUUUAUCAAAAAUGUAUACAAAUUUUUUUUGGGUAUUUCAUUAACAUUUUAAUGAAGUUUAUUAUAUUCCAAAUAUAUUCCUUGCAUGUAGGCAUCUCUAAUAUCUUUUAAUAAAAGAACAUUUACAUUAGAUUGGUAAGAUAACACAUGCACAGAAAAUGAGAAAUACUUGUUCUGAUGGAAUAAAUACAUGUUGUUGUCUCAUUUUUUUCUCAUUCUGCAUAUUGCUAAUUUCAAUUGUGUGACAAUAUUUGUAGUAAUCAAUGAAAUUUUUUGAGUGAAUAAUCUAGAAAAUAUCAAUAUAAUGUCUGAGUUUCUAGAUUUCUACCUAGAAAACUAUUAUUUCAAAUUUUACAAUGGCAAUUCAAAUAGGAUCGCAAUCACUCUUGAUAUUUUCAUGAAUAAAGAAUUAAAAGAAAAUUGCUAGAUGAAUUUUUUUUAACUAAUAUUUCCGAGUUAUUUCAAUAAAAACAGUAUGUAAAUGUAUUAUUUUUAAUGUUUUAGAAGAUAUAGCAUUUUAAAUGUAGUGCAAAUAAAUUACCAUGAUGGUUAAUCAGAUGCUUUAAGUGAAAUCUUAUGUCUGAACUUCCAUACUAUUUGUGGUCAUUUUUUAAAGGGUAAUGAACAUAUUUUAAAUUUUGAAAAUACAUUCAUUUGUGCAGUGUUUAAAAGUUGAUUUUCCUACACUGAUAGCAAUGUGUGUAAAUAUCAGGGAUAUGCCUGUUAUUUAAAGGAAUGUUUAACUACUAGCUGAAAUUAUAAUACUUGGGUAGUUCAUACUAAUAAUCAUUUUUGCAGUAGUUCGUAUUUCAUAUGAACAUUCUAUUGCAUAUAUGUAUAUAUGCAUAUAGUUAAAUUAAUUAUAAUAAAGGCAUAUAUAUUUUUUUAGCUCAUACUUUUAUAAAUAAGUAUCGUCUUGAAAAAUAAUAAAUGUAUUUAAAAGAAAACAUCUUGUAAUUCUUAAACUAUAUUUUUAAAAAUAGUUGUAACUUAUUUGUAGAAUUAUCACUGCCAUACUUUCUGUACUUUCAUUUUUUUUGUAACUGAUAUAAUUGAAGUCUAUCUUACUGUAAUGUAUAUUUAUUUAUAUUAUUUAAAUGGAAUCUGCAAAAUAAUCAGUGUGUUUGGUUUAGCUUAAAAAUUUUGCACUUUGAGAUUUGUCUUCUGUUUGGUCUGGCUGACAUCUAGUUUUGUCAUAUUUGUUUUGAAUGUGCUUUUUUUUCUCUUAUUUUUAAUAAUUGUGAAUUAAUAUUUUUAUUGCUCAAGAGAAA